ACCCACGGCUCUGCUGCGGGAACUGCACGCGCAUCAAGAGGACUCUGUCUUCCCCACUCUGUCCUCCGGUGUCCCCCGUUUUCUUCCUCGGGUUUCUCUCCUGUGGACAUGAGGACAUAACCAGCCGAAGACCCGCAGCUCAAAGACUUCGCGUUUCAAAGGUUCAGAAGAAGAAGAUGAUGGGGCUGGAGGUCGUCGUGCUCUGCCUUCUGUUUGGAGCCCUGACUCAUGCCCAGAAAGCAGAGUGCAGCAAGAAGAGAGAAUGUCCCAUCGACCUGUACUUCACCAUCGACACAUCAGAAACCAUCGCCCUACAGGAGUCGCCUCCUGGGUCGCUGGUGGAUAGCAUCAAGCAAUUCACUGAGGCGUUUGUGACGCGUUUGACUGAUGAAGAACUCAAAGAUGUUGUACGAAUCAACUGGAACGUUGGUGGGCUGCACUUCUCCCAGACCCAGGAGAUCAUCAGCUCCAUCGGACCCAAGAAUGAUUUCACCAAUCGUCUUAGAAACAUCAAGUAUCUGGGAAAGGGCACCUACAUCGACUGCGCCCUCAAAGCCAUGACCAGGGAGAUGCUGCGAGCACCGUCAGACCCCUCAGCCCUCCGCUUCGCCGUGGUCAUCACUGAUGGCCAUGUGACCGGAAAGCCCUGCGGCGGCAUUAAGGUGUCAGCAGAGGAGGCUCGCGACAAGGGCAUCCGGAUAUUUGUCGUGGCGGCGUCGACAAACGUCGAAGAGACCGGGCUGAGGGAGAUCGCCAACUCUCCAGCUUCAGUCUUCAGGGAUGAGUACAUGGCCGUAAAUCUGAGCCAGAACCGACCUAUAAUACACACUGAGACCAUGGACCGCAUCAUCAAAAUAAUGAAACAUCUGGCUUAUACAGAGUGUUACAAAGUGUCCUGCCUGGAGACUGAAGGGCUUCCUGGUCCAAAAGGCCACAGAGGACAGAAAGGAGCUAAAGGAGACAACGGUGGAGCAGGACUAAAAGGAGAAAGGGGUCGUCCUGGAGACCCUGGUAUUGAAGGUCCCAUUGGUCAGCCUGGUAUCAAAGGUGAAUCAGGUCAUAAGGGCGAGAAGGGAGAAAUAGGAACUCAAGGGAAAAAGGGUGUGGCUGGCAUUCCAGGGCGUGAUGGAACAAAUGGGCAGAAGGGUAAAAUCGGUCGAAUUGGUGCUCCAGGCUGCAAAGGAGACCCAGGCGACAGAGGUCCUGAUGGUCACCCUGGAGAUGUUGGUGAACGUGGUCCCGCUGGGACUGAUGGAGAGAAGGGUGAUCCUGGACGUCCUGGAAGACCCGGUUCACCUGGAUCACCUGGACUGGCUGGACCAAAGGGAGAGAGUGGAAGUCCUGGAUCACCUGGCCUUCCUGGAGAAAAGGGAAAUCCAGGCCAGCCUGGACUCGCAGGAAAGAGAGGCGAGGAGGGACGAAGAGGAGACCCCGGGUCAAAAGGAGCACAAGGGCCCACUGGUGAUAUUGGAGAAAAGGGUGAAUCAGGACCAGAGGGCCAGAGAGGCCUGCUGGGUGAACAGGGGAAAAAAGGACCAAAGGGAGACGCUGGCCUACCAGGACCCAGAGGACCACCAGGAGCAUCAGGGGAGCCUGGGAGAAAUGGUUCAAGAGGUGACCCUGGGGAUGCUGGACCAAGAGGCGAGCCCGGAGUGCCCGGACCUAAAGGGGACACGGGAAGACCUGGCUUUAGUUAUCCUGGACCCAGAGGAGCAACGGGUGAUAAAGGAGAAAAAGGCAGCCGAGGAGCUCGUGGAAGCAGAGGAGACUGUGGCCAAAAGGGAGAUCCUGGAAAUAAAGGAACUCCAGGAGAGCCGGGUGAACCAGGGCCCCAGGGAGAGCCUGGACUAAGAGGGCCAAGGGGAGAUCCGGGUCGUGACGGAGAUCCAGGUCCAGAGGGAGAUCCUGGUCUCACCGAGUGCGACGUUAUGAACUACAUCAGGGAGACCUGUGGCUGCUGCGACUGUGAGAAACGCUGUGGAGCCCUGGACAUCGUCUUUGUCAUCGACAGCUCCGAGUCCGUGGGCCUCACCAACUUCACCCUCGAGAAGAACUUCGUCAUCAACACCAUCAACAGGCUGGGAUCUUUUGCCAGAGACCCCCAGUCAGAGACAGGCACUCGAGUGGGUGUGGUGCAGUACAGCCACAGCGGGACCUUCCAGGCCAUCCGGCUCAAUGACCCCCAGAUUGACUCACUGACUGCUUUCAAGGAAGCUGUAAAGAGACUAGAGUGGAUCGCGGGGGGAACAUGGACUCCAUCUGCUCUUAAAUACGCCUACGACAACCUGAUCAGGGACAGCCGCCGGGCCAAAGCAAACGUCACUGUUGUCGUCAUCACCGACGGACGUUUCGACCCAAGAGAUGACGACACCCUCCUUACCUACCUGUGCAAUGAUCCCAGUGUUGACGUGAGUGCCAUUGGUAUUGGAGACAUGUUUGAGCAGUUUGAGGAAAGUGAGAGUCUGCAGAGCAUCGCCUGUCAGAGGGACGGCAGAGUGAUGGGAAUGAGGCGAUUUGCAGAUCUCGUGGCCGAAGAGUUCAUCGACAGGAUUGAAACCGUGCUCUGCCCUGAGCCUGUCAUUGUAUGCCCCGACCUGCCCUGUAAAUCAGAGCCUGCUGUGGCCAGUUGUGUCCAGAGGCCCGUAGAUCUGAUCUUCAUGUUGGACGGCUCGGAGAGAAUGGGCCUGGAGAACCACCGCAGGGCCAAAGAGUUCAUUGAGAACGUGGCUCGCCACCUCGUCCUGGCCAACGGCCCGACGGACGAGAGGAAUGCCCGCGUGGCUCUGCUGCAGUACGGCAGCCCCACAGAACAAAAGGUGGAGUUCCCGCUCACUCACAACCUCACGGUGAUCUCAGACUCGCUGGCAGGUGUGACCUACAUGGAUUCUUCUUCUGCUUUGGGCAGCGCCAUCAUCUACGCUGUCAACAAUCUGGUGAUCAAAGAGGUACUGUGCUCAUGUUAA